AUGAGGGCCACACCGCCGCCAGAUUAUCCUGACAUCAAGAUAUACGCUGACUUAUCAGCGGCAACACUAAGAAAGCGGAAGGCAUUUCAUCUGAUUACAGCUACCCUGAGAGCGCACGGUAUUAAGUACAGAUGGGGCUUUCCCACUAAGUUAUUGAUUGCCAAAGAUAGAGGAAUCACCGCCAUAGCAAACCCGGACGAGGGGGCAAAGCAACUGAGUGCCUGGAAUAUACAAGUCGCACAGACCAUGUCAACGGCCAAACCCGUGGGGAAACUUACCACGGAAUGGAAAAAGGCCGCCAAGAAACAUUGA